AUGUGUAUAACCGCUUCCAUCACAGCCUCUUCACCUGGAGCUUCAGGAACACAGGUCUACAAGGACUGUGCUGCUCCUUCUCUUUGUCCCACGGCUGGAACGGCAACGUUUUCCGUCAACUUGGGUUAUUCCAGUGCCAUUGCAUCGGCUCAGUGCUGCGACUCCGACAACUGCAACUCCCAGACGUUGGCCUUUCCUACCCCUCAGUCUGCUAACGGCCUGAUGUGUCUCGUCUGUGACCCGACCACCUCUCAGUGCAGCUCUACAGUUCCGUGUUCUGGAGACCAGACCAGCUGCUUCCAAGCAACCUUGACCAACGGCUCCACAACAUAUCCAGCUCUGGGCUGCACAUCUCCUAACACAUGUGCAGUUGCAGCCAACCUGGGAAACCUGCCUUUCAUGCAGAACGUUGGUUCCAUCACCACCGGACCAACCUGCUGCUCCACCAGCUCAUGCAACACUAUUCCCACCACAACCACAACAAGCUCUGCACCUUCAACAGUUGCUGAAACAACUUCCACAAGCUCUGCACCUUCAACAGUUGCUGAAACAACUUACACAAACACUGCGCCUACAACCGUGGCUGAAACAACUUCCACAGGCACUGAACCUACAACCGUUGCUGAAACAACUUCCACAAGCUCUGCGCGUACAACAGUUGCUGAAACAACUUCCACAAGCUCUGAUCCUACAACCGUUGCCGAAACAACUUCCACAAGCGCUGAACUUACAACCACUGCAGAAACAACUUCCACAAGCUCUGAUCCUACAACCGUUGCUGAAACAACUUCCACAAGCACAAGCUCUGCUCCUACAACUGUUGCUGAAACAAGUUCCACAAGCUCUGCACCUACAACAGUUGCUGAGACAACUUUCACAAGCUCUGCGUCUACAGCAGUUGCUGAGGCAACUUCCACAACCUCUGCAUCUACAACAGUUGCUGACACAACUUCUACAAGCUCUGGACCUACAACAAUUGCUGAAACAACUUCCACAAGCUCUGCUCCCACAACAGUUGCUGAGACAACUUUCACAAGCUCUGCAUCUACAGCAGUUGCUGAGGCAACUUCCACAACCUCUGCACCUACAACAGUUGCUGACACAACUUCUACAAGCUCUGGACCUACAACAGUUGCUGAAACAACUUCCACAAAUGCAGAACCUACAACAGUUGCUGAAACAACUUCCACAAGCUCUGGACCCACAACAGUUGCUGAAACCACUUCCACAAAUGCAGAACUUACAACAGUUGCUGAACCAACUUCCACAAGCUCUGGACCUGCAACAGUUUCUAAAACAACUCCCGCAAGUUCUGCACUUACAAAAGUUGCUGAAACAACUUCCACAAGCUCUGCUCCUACAGCAGUUGCUGAAAGAUCUUCCACAAGCUCUGCACCUACAACAGUUGCUGAGACAACUUUCACAAGCUCUGCGUCUACAGCAGUUGAUGAAACGACUUCCAAAAUUUCUGCUCCUACAACAGUUGCAGAAACAACUUCCACAAGCUCUGCUCCGACAACAGUUGCUGAGACAACUUCCACAGGCUUUGCACCUACAACACAGUUGCUGAGCUCUGCUCCUACAACUGUUGCUGAAAAAAGUUCCACAAGCUCUGCACCUACAACAGUUGCUGAGACAACUUUCACAAGCUCUGCGUCUACAGCAGUUGCUGAGGCAACUUCCACAACCUCUGCAUCUACAACAGUUGCUGACACAACUUCUACAAGCUCUGGACCUACAACAGUUGCUGAAACAACUUCCACAAGCUCUGCUCCCACAACAGUUGCUGAGACAACUUUCACAAGCUCUGCAUCUACAGCAGUUGCUGAGGCAACUUCCACAACCUCUGCACCUACAACAGUUGCUGACACAACUUCUACAAGCUCUGGACCUACAACAGUUGCUGAAACAACUUCCACAAAUGCAGAACCUACAACAGUUGCUGAAACAACUUCCACAAGCUCUGAAACAACUUCCACAAACUCUGCUCCUACAACAGUUGCUGAAACAACUUCCACAAGCUCUGCACCUACAACAGUUGAUGAAACAACUUCCAAAAUUUCUGCUCUUACAACAGUUUCUGACACAACUUCUACAAGUUCUGGACCUGCAACAGUUGCAGAAACAACUUCCACAAGCUCUGCUCCUACAACAGUUGCAGAAACAACUUCCACAAGCUCUUCUCCGACAACAGUUGCUGAGACAACUUCCACAGGCUUUGCACCUACAACAAGACUCUAUAUCCAGUUUGACAACAGGUCAGUUAUCUACAACCAUCCCUACAUCAACCUCUACUGUUGCCCCACCAGCUACAGGUUCUAUGCCAUCAUCCACAUCUGCUGCACCAUCAGCAUUUACAGCUACAAAAAACCCCAUCACUACUACAGCAAUUACUACAAUGCCAGCAACUACUAUGACAAAGCCACCAACAACAGCUGCUAUGACAACCACAACUACAGAAGGACCAACCACAACUACUACAACAACCACAACAACAAAAGCACCAACAACUACUACUACAACAACAAAACCGCCAACAACUACUACUACAACAACAAAACCGCCAACAACUACUACUACAACAACAAAACCGCCAACAACUACUACUACAACAACAAAACCGCCAACAACAACUACUACAACAACAAAACCGCCAACAACUACUACAACUACCACUUCAACAACUAG